CGAUGAGCAGCAGGGCUGCGUGUUUGGCGGUGGGCGUCGCGGCGGCGAGCGUCUCGGCAGCACGAGACACUCGACGCGCGUCGCUCCGAACACUCGGGUAGCAAUAUCUAUAAUUUUUUGAGAAAAAGGGGAAAAACAAAGCAGACACCAUGGACGCGAUUAAGAAGAAGAUGCAAGCGAUGAAGCUUGAGAAGGACAAUGCACAGGACAAAGCCGAUGUUUGCGAAGGACAGGCCAAAGAAGCUAAUAUGCGCGCGGAAAAGGUUUACGAGGAGGUUCAAGAUCUAACGAAAAAACUUGCUCAGGUUGAGAAUGAUCUUGUUACCAAUAAGGCUCAGCUCGAGCGUGCCAAUAAGGAUCUUGAGGAGCGCGAGAAGUCUCUGACCAACGCCGAAUCUGAAGUGGCAGCUCUGAAUAGGAAAGUCCAGCUUAUCGAGGAAGACUUAGAGCGCUCCGAAGAACGUCUGAAUACCGCAACUGCAAAGCUUACCGAGGCCUCUCAAGCUGCUGAUGAAUCUAGCCGUAUGUGUAAGGUACUGGAAAAUCGUGCUCAACAAGAUGAGGAGCGAAUGGACCAGCUGACGAACCAACUGAAAGAGGCUCGUCUUCUGGCAGAGGAUGCCGAUGGUAAAUCCGACGAAGUAUCCCGUAAACUGGCUUUCGUUGAAGAUGAACUCGAAGUUGCUGAAGACCGCGUCAAAUCUGGAGAAGCUAAAAUAAUGGAGCUCGAGGAAGAACUCAAGGUUGUCGGUAAUAGUUUGAAAUCAUUAGAAGUUUCGGAAGAAAAGGCUAAUCAAAGAGUAGAAGAAUUCAAACGACAAUUGAAAACUCUAACGGUAAAACUAAAGGAAGCUGAGGCUCGUGCUGAAUUUGCUGAGAAAACUGUCAAGAAGCUUCAAAAGGAAGUAGACAGGCUCGAAGACGAACUCGGAAUCAAUAAGGACAGAUACAAGUCUUUAGCCGACGAGAUGGACUCUACCUUUGCAGAGUUGGCAGGUUAUUAAAAAUUAAAAAGAGAAACAAAUGGC